CUCUCUCUCUCUCUCUCUCUCUCUCUCUCUUUCUGUGUGUGUGUGUGUGUGUGUGAGUUCAGGAAAAUGGCAGAGGCCGGGAUUUCAGUAGAUCAGGAGCAGUUCAGGUGUUCAGUGUGUCCGGGUCUCCUGAAGGAUCCAGUGACUACUCCCUGUGGCCACAGUUUCUGUAAGGUGUGUAUUAAUGGCUUCUGGGAUCAGGAGGAUGUGAAGGGUGUCUACAGCUGCCCCCAGUGUAGAGAGACUUUCACUCCAAGGCCUGUUCUACACAGUAACAACAUGCUGGCUGAAGUGGUGGAGAAACUGAAGACUGAACGCCAUGCUGCUUCUCCUGCUCACUGUUACGCUGGACCUGGAGAUGUGGAGUGCGAUUCCUGCACUGGGAAAAAACGCAAAGCUGUUAAUUCCUGUCUGGUGUGUCUGGCCUCCUACUGUGAAGAUCAUCUUCAACCUCACUAUCAGUCUCCUGCCUUUAAGAAGCACAAGUUAGUUGAAGCCUGUGCUGAACUCCAAGAGAAGAUCUGCUCUGAGCACAACAAACUGAUGGAGAUCUACUGUCGUACUGACCAAAGCUUCAUCUGUUAUCUGUGUACGAUGGAUCAGCACAAAGGCCAUGACACUGUUGCAGCUAAAGCAGAAAGAACUGAAAAACAGAAUCAGCUAAAGGAGGAGCAGAUGAAAUCUGAGCAGAGGAUCCAGGAGAAGCAGAAGGUGGUGCAGGAGCUGAAACAGACUGUGGACACUAUUAAGAGGCGUUCCCAGGCAGCAGUAGAUGACAGUGAGAAGAUCUUUACUGAGCUGAUCAGCUCCAUGGAGAAAAAGCGCUCAGAGGUGACGGAGAUGAUCAGAGCUCAGGAGAAAGCUGAACUGAUUCGAGCUGAACGACUCCUGAAGCAACUGGAGCAGGAGAUUGCUGAUCAUAAGAGGAGAGUCACUGAGCUGGAGCAGCUUUCACACACACACGAUCACAUCCACUUCCUCCAGAGUUUCCCGUCUCUCUGUGUUCCUCCUGGAUGUGAGGACUCACCCAGCAUCACUGUCAAUCUCUCAUUUGAUGGAGUGAGGAAAUCUCUCUCAGAUCUGAAAAAACAAGUCGAGGAAAUCUCUGCAGCAGUUCAGAUAAUUUUACCCUCAAACCCGAAGAGUAGAGAAGAUUUUCUGCAGUAUUUCUGUUAUCUGACUCUGGAUCCCAACACAACACACCGAGAACUCAUUCUGUCUGAGAAGAACAGAGUGGUGACAUGGAGUGAAAGAGAUCAGCGUUAUUCGGAUCAUCCAGAGAGAUUUGAAUACUGGGUUCAGGUGUUGUGUAAGGAGAGUGUGUGUGGACGCUGUUACUGGGAGGUGGAGUGGAGCGGUGAUGGUGUGUGCAUAUCAGUCUCUUAUAAAGAGAUCAACAGGAAAGGACAGGGUUGCAGGUGUGCAUUUGGAUACAACAGUCAGUCCUGGAGUCUGGAGUGUUUUUCUUCCUCUGUCUGUUUCCGGCACAAUGGAAUUAAGACUGAGCUCCGAGGUCCAGCGUCCUCCAGAAUAGGAGUGUAUGUGGAUCACAGUGCAGGAACUCUGUCCUUCUACAGCGUCUCUGACACGAUGAGGCUCCUCCACAGAGUCCACACCACAUUCACUCAGCCUCUAUACGCCGGGUUCUGGCUCACUUUUUAUAAUUCAACUGUCAGGUUAUGUGAUCCAAGAUGAAAUGUUAGUAAUGUUUAGUAAAAUUAAAACUGGGAUGUCAGAUUGAAUUUCUCCCUGAGCUACAGUGCCACUUUUGGUUGCACAACCUGCAAAAUACUAAUGAAUUACAGGGUGUCCCAAAAGUCUCCAUACUGUCCAUAAGGAACUGUGUUUGCCAGCAGCACGUCAGUUGUGCCUUCGUCAGCGGAUGUUCAUGGACGUCCACUUCUCGGUUGGUUCGCAACACUUCCAGUCUUUUUGAAUUUAUAAAUAAAUUUGGCAACAGUGUUGUGUGCGAUGUGCUGGCCAUGUUUCCUGUUAAACUCCAUCGCAACCUUGCGACAGCUUCCCGAUCCAGCCAUGAGAAUGAUUUCAAUACGCUCUUCUUUUCUCAAAGGCAUUCUUACAGGUUGUCUGAAAAAAUGUAUAUAAUAUAAACUAAGUCUGAAAUAUUUUGGAAGACAUUUUGCUAAAAAGUGUUAAUUUCCGCCUAUGUACGGAGACUUUUGGGACACCCUGUAUUAUUAUUAUUAUUAUUAUUAUUAUUAUUAUUAUUAUUAUUAAGUUCAUCUAUUCUAUACAUUAAGUUACACAAAUAAUCUCUUAAUGCAGAAUCUAAGAUGCUUCUUGAAAAAAACACUAUGGUACCACAUUAACUGUUUAUUUGUAGAUGAACUGAUUGAGUUAUUUUAAAACCAGAUUUUAAAACCAGACUUUAAAAAUGUUCUUGACUGACCAUCUUAGAUUUGCUGUAUAUUUCUGGGGAAAUAAGGUCACUAUUCCCAAUAAACAGUGUACAGAAUUU